CCCGCCUGUGCGGGUUUAAAACACCGCGGACACAAACCGGGCGCCGGUUUACCGCCUGCCGCCGCGUGUCUGUUAACGGCAGCGUCCUCGCGAGGAGCCGUUAAGAUGAAGCAGAUGACGGCUAACGCUGGUUAGCAUUAGCUGGCUAGCGAAAACAAACGAGGUGAGCGAGCCCACCAAGGAGGAGAAGGCGGUGGCAAAGUACCUCCGAUUCAACUGCCCCACCAAGUCCACGAACAUGAUGGGCCACCGAGUCGACUACUUUAUCGCCUCCAAGGCGGUGGACUGUCUGCUGGACUCCAAGUGGGCCAAAGCCAAGAAGGGAGAGGAGGCUCUGUUCACCACCAGGGAGUCUGUGUUGGAUUACUGCAACAGACUCCUGAAGAAGCAGUUCUUCCACCGAGCUCUCAAAGUGAUGAAGAAAAAGCCUGAGAAAGACACGAAGAAGGAGAAGGAGAAGGAGAAAGAGAAGGACGAGAAGAAAGACAAGGAGAAGGAGAAAGAGAAGGCCAAGGCUGACAGCGGCAAAGAGGAGGAGAAAAAAGGAAAGAAGGAGAAGGAGAAGAAGAAAGAGUCUGAGGUCGCUGAAAUCAAGAAAGACAAGAGCGAUGACAGUCCAGGAACCCCCAAGAAGAAGAAAGAGGUGAAGAAGAAGUUUAAGCUGGAGCCUCAUGAAGAUCAGCUGUUCCUCGACGGAAAUGAGGUGUACGUGUGGAUUUACGAUCCUGUCCAUUUCAAGACGUUUGCCAUGGGGCUGAUCCUCGUCAUCGCAGUGAUAGCAGCCACUCUGUUCCCUCUGUGGCCGGCUGAAAUGCGUGUAGGAGUUUACUAUCUAAGCGUCGCUGCAGGCUGCUUCGUGGCCAGUAUACUGCUUCUUGCCGUCGCCCGCUGCAUCCUCUUCCUGAUCAUCUGGCUGGUGACCGGCGGCCGUCAUCACUUCUGGUUCCUCCCCAACCUGACGGCAGACGUGGGCUUCAUCGACUCGUUCAGGCCGCUCUACACCCACGAGUACAAAGGACCACGAGCCAGCAGCAAGAAGGGCUCGGACAAGGCGGACGACAAGGACGGCUGCUCCUCCGCCAAGGCCCAGAAGUCAGACAGCGACGAGAAGUCCGACUGCGAGAAGAAGGACGGCGACGACGACGACGAGGAGGAAGACGAGGAGAGCAAGGAGGCGGCGACGACGGCGGCGGAGGAGAGUAAAGAAGCAGAGGGGGAGGGAACGGAUCGCCACUCGGACACAGACAGCGACCGGCGGGAGGACGAAGGCUCGCAGCACAGCAACGGAAACGACUUUGAGAUGAUCACCAGGGAGGAGCUGGAGCAGCACACAGAGGAGGAAGAGGAAGAGGAGGAGGAGGAGGAGGAGGAGGAAGACGAGGAGACGCAAGAGAGGAAAGAAGGGGGUGGGAGUGAGACUAAACCCCAGACUGCUGAAACAUAAACUUCUUACAGUCCCAUCACUCUCUACUUCUCUCUGUCCUUCCCUCCUUUCCUCCUGUGAUCCCAGGACCUGCUAGUCCAGCCUCUCUCUCUGAGCCCGCCGAGGCCGAGGAGAGGCUCCAUCUCUUGUCGUUGAGAUCUUCCACUAUAAAAACAGUACCGAUAGACCAGUACCGGGAUAGACACAGCGGUGACAACGGUUACGACGAUGGGGAAAAACAAAUUUAAAAGAAAAUAAAGAAGCCUUAUGGUGGAUGUGAUUCCUCCAAACCCAAAUGUUAUUUAUGUUCACGUGAAAACCUGCCUGAGGAAGGUGUCGACCAAAAGUCCAUCAGACCAACAACAGCAGCCCUGAUGGAGGGUUUUCAUCUCUUUUACAUUUCUCGAGUCAUGAGGUAACUUUUUGUGUCAUUUCAGCUCAAAGUGUUUUAUUUAUGCGCCCCCCGUCUUCGGUUACAUUUGAGGUCAAACCCUGAUCUUAGAUACAGAUGUUGGAGAAGAGCCGAGUUUCUUCACCACCCCGCUUUUUUUUCUUUUUUUUUCUUUGAGCUCCAUGUUGUUGAUACAAUCACGGUAGAAAUCUCCGGUUCUUUGGCGAAGCAGCAGCUUCACAUCCUGUCCAAUGCCAGUAAGUCUGAUCUCUUUCUCAGGCAGCGAGCUCUGAAACCUGAACUAAGCCAGACGGACCAAAUCCUGUAGUUUACUCGAAGGAACCUAAAAGUCGACCACUUUGUGGCUGGAUGGAGUAGUACGGCUCUUUGAGGUACUUGCCAUUUUCACUAUUUUCUUUUUUUUUUAAAUAAAUGGCUGAUGAUCAUCGUGCAGUCCUCCACACAGUCUGAAGUAGUUCAUGUUUAACGUGGAACUCAUCUUUUAAGAGUAAACGUGAGCGACCGGGACACAGCUGACGUGCUUCAUUUUCUUUUUUAAAAAAAGAUCGCAGCGGUUUGUUGUACAACUAAAAAAAAAUAGAAAGAUGUUCACUGAUUUUCAAACAGAACCAGACGUUAAAGUUCAAAACUCUAGUGCCAAACACGACUAACGCGAUGUUAUGCAUGCUGAUUCGACGCGGGGAGAGUCGAGAGCGAGGGGGCGUUCGUUUUGUAACUGCGGUGUCAAACUCUUCUUUCACAUCUUUGGAAUGAAAUAUUCAAAAAAAGAAAAGGAAAAAAAAAAACAAAGAAGCACAGCACAACAUUGUUAGUGUGUAGCUAAAACUGAAGAUUUCUUUUUUUUUUUUUUUUUUUUUCUCAAUGAAACCGUUUUAAAAAAAUGAUAAUACAAAGGUGUUCGCACUAGACUCCCAUCCAAACCAGUUUCCGUCUAGUCUGAACAAUAAGUUAGUCGGCUCCGCUGACCAGACUACAAGUUUCAUUUCCAGUCCAGUGACUGGCGGCCGAGGUCCAAGCUGUUCCUUCACAUCUUCUUCUGGCUAGAAAUGUCUUUAGAUGCUCUUUUUAGUCAUAGCGAGGAUUAUAUUUAAGUAUAAAAGAUAUAAAUGUAUCAUUUAUAUAUGGAUUCUAUUGAUAUAUCAGAUAUAUACGUACAGUCUAAAACUAUAAAACAGCUUCUUCUUCUUUUUCCCUCCCCUUCUUUUCUUUUGUAUUAGGAGGUCUAAUUUUUAUUAUUCCGAGUGUUUGUAAUGCUCUUUUUUUUUUAUACGAUCAUCAAGAGUGUACUCGUUAUUUAAAGUUAACAUCUGCGAUUAGAGAGCAGUGGGAGUUUGUUAGAUAUCAGCGUUAUUUCUGUGUUUUAUCUUUAACAUUGGAUGUGUGAUCCGGUUGGUCUCUCUCUCUGUCAUUAACCCGAGCGUAUAAAAAACGCUGACGGCUAACCCGCCGGUCCUCGAUGAGAUGAUGUUUGAGUUCCCGCAGAUUUUCUGUCCAUUUGUUUCGUCCUCAACUUAGACUGUAUUUAGUAGUUUGUGAUCCCACUGAGGUUUGUAGCUCUUUGACUUUGUAACUCAAACACGUCGUUUCUCCUCUUUCUUCUUUUUUUUUUCAAAAUGUUUUGUUUUCAUCCCCCAAAACGGGCAAAGUGCAUCUCUGUGUCCUGAGUUGCCAGUCGCUGUACUUUUCAAUAUUGGCAUUUCACAAAAGAGAAUAAAAAUAAAAAUCAAAAAAAGGUUAUUCUCCCAGUUGUUCUUGACUGUUGCACAGUAUCGGUCUGUUGUAUAUUGUAGUAUUAUUACUCUUUAGCUGCUGCUUCUCAUUGCACAUUUCUGGUGGAAAUAAAAAGUGAAAUUGUAAAAAAAA